AUGUAUGGAUUUUUGAAAUCUCCGGGGAACAGCAAACCUCCCAAAGAAACACCAAACAACAAAGGAGGAACAAUCAAUGCAGGAAGAAGAACUUCUUCAGAACCAAUCUUGAUAACACCAGAUUUCGACGAUGAAGACAAAUACAAGAACGGUUUCCGAGAUGCCGGUGGACUUCAGAGCCAAACGACAGAGGAACUAGAGAACUAUGCGGUUUAUAAAGCCGAAGAAACAACCAAAGGUGUGAACAAUUGUCUUAAGAUCGCUGAAGAUAUAAGAUCGGAUGCUACAAGAACGCUUGAAAUGUUGCACACGCAAGGUGAACAGAUACACAGGACUCAUGAAAUGGCUGUUGACAUGGAUAAAGAUCUUAGUCGGGGAGAGAAGCUUUUGAACAACUUAGGAGGAAUGUUUUCUAAGCCCUGGAAACCAAAGAAGACUAAAGAGAUCUCGGGACCUAUGAUCACACCAGAUAAACCGUCGAAGAAGAGCGGGAAUCAGAAGGAAGAGAGAGAUAAACUCGGUUUGGGUGGGAAAGGACGAUCGAGCAGCCAACCGUCAGCAUUAGACCAACCAACAAACGCGUUGCAGAAAGUCGAGCAAGAGAAGGCAAAGCAAGACGAUGGACUUUCAGAUUUAAGUGACAUUUUGGGUGAUCUUAAGAGCAUGGCCGUUGAUAUGGGAUCUGAGCUCAACAAGCAAAACAAGGCUCUUGAUCAUCUCGGGGACGAUGUUGAUGAGCUUAACUCUCGUGUUCAAGGAGCUAAUCAACGAGCACGUCACUUGCUUUCCAAAUAA